AUGUCAAUUAAAAAAAAUAAACGAUCAAAGGCUUUCAAUCAAAGGAAAAAGGAAUUGAGACAAAGACAGCCAGACAGCCCGACGAUGCGAAUGUACCGACAGCUCACUGAGGAAUUUCGUGUGAGAUACGAAAGUAGCAUUCAGAAAAUGGUAAACAAGCUUCUUAGUAAUAAAGAACAUGAUCAACCUACAGUGGCUCCCAACUCAACGUCAGACACGAUGGUGAAAACAUCGGCACACUUGAAUUUCAACUCUAACAAAUAUUUUGAAACUGACUCUCCAAAAAACGUGUUGGACAUUACGAGACCCAGUAGAGACUCAAGUGCCAGUGAUGAUGACUGA